AUGGCGAGGGCUAAGACUAACGGCGGCGUUAAUAAAGGGGUGAACGGGAAGGUGCCCAUGUCUCGACUGGUCCUUGAGGGGGAGCGCCGCCGGGUCCGGCUGCGGGUGCUGCGCUGCUGCCCCGAGGAGGCGCCACCACCGCGGGAAGACCUCCCUGUGUCUGGGGGCUCUGCUGGGCUGCGGCGCUGCUGCCGCGCCACGGAUCCUCCCCCGGUGCUGCUGCUGCCGAGCCGGCGGGUCCGAGGCGGAGCCCGGACCGGGGGAGCUGUUCUCCGGUCUCACCGGGGCGGUUCCACACACAGAGAAGCGAGAGCGACGCCGGCCCCCGCCUGCCCUGGGCAGCCUCGGCAUCCCCGGACGCUGCCGAGCAAGGGAAACGGGGAAAAUGGGAAGAACCGGCGCUAUUCUUUGCUUCUUCCGCUGCUGGGCUACGGUGAGGGUGCGGCGGCACGAGCCGCUGCCCGGUUACCGCUACUCGCAGCCCCGGCUCUGUGUGUGAGACUCCUGCCGGGAAGCACGGCUGAAACGGGCAGGUACCGGGGGUCGGGGCUGCCUGCGCCCGCAGUCACUGCGGACACCGGUUGUUGCUUUUCUCCGGCUCGUCUCCGCAGCGGCUUCGGCAGGACAGAGCUUUCCGUUCGUCCGGCUCUGGCGAGAGCUCGGACGGCUCGAAAGAGCCUGCGGUGGAAGCAAAGGCCCAGAGCCCCGCACCGGUUUCUGGAGCCCCGUUGGUGGCUCUGUGAAGCCCGGCUGGACACGGGGAGAGAGGGCUGCCCCUGUGCUGCCGAUCCCUCGGGAGCUGUCGUUGACCCCGGUAGUGCCGCGUGGGGAAAGCUCAUUCUCACCGAGGAGCACGGCCCGAGGGGGAUGGACACAUGGAUGGGCAGAGGAGCCCCAGCCACGUCGGGAGCUGUGUGUCGAGGCCGACCUAGCCGCCUGACCUGCCUGUGCCCGCCCAUGACAGUGCGAGUGCCUGGCUCCAGCUCAAGCUCAUUUAUGGCUCGGGACACUGUUUCUGCCUGCCUUUUUUUUCAGGCCCAGCCACUGGAUGGGUCUAGUUCCAUUAUGGCUGCAGUUCAUGUCCAUCUCCAGCCCCAGCUGCUGCUUCAACCUGCUUGUGCUUGUUGAACUAAGUCUGGCUUAUGGCUAGGUCAUAAAAUCAGCCACUGUCACGAUAUGUAGAUGAAUAUGACCUGUCAUAAUUGCUCACUCUCUAGCCCUGGGCUAAUGAGUGCCCAAGACUCUUACAGUGGUUGUACAUGCCUUGAGUAAAUAGAGUUGGAGU